AUGAGAGUCAAUGUUCUAGAAGAGAUUCAUUCAUUCCUGGGAAGGCGUAAUAUCUUCAGCAUGAAGAACACAAAUGUUAUUGCUGCAUUUACCCAAGAAACAUGUGAAAGUGUAUACUUGUACAUAUUACUUGCUCUCGUUUCAAGUUACAUCGAGAUAACAUCUCCAAACACCAAACUCCUCUUCCUCUCCCUCCCUUCAUUCAAAACCCUCACUCACUCUNNNAACCCCUCCACCAUCCUCCACCUCACUCCUUCUUCCACUUCCACCUCAACUCCCACCACCACCCGCCGCAAAACCUUCACCGUACGCGCCGCGCGUGGAAAAUUCGAGCGUAAGAAGCCACACGUCAACAUCGGAACCAUCGGCCACGUCGACCACGGCAAAACCACCCUCACCGCCGCCCUUACCAUGGCUCUCGCCGCCCUCGGAAACAGCGCUCCCAAGAAGUACGACGAGAUCGACGCCGCGCCGGAGGAAAGGGCGCGUGGAAUCACCAUCAACACUGCGACGGUGGAGUACGAGACGGAGAACCGCCACUAUGCACACGUGGACUGCCCUGGACACGCUGAUUACGUCAAGAACAUGAUCACCGGAGCUGCGCAGAUGGACGGCGCUAUAUUGGUGGUUUCCGGUGCCGACGGACCCAUGCCGCAGACUAAGGAGCACAUCCUUCUUGCUAAGCAAGUUGGUGUUCCCAACAUGGUUGUCUUUCUCAACAAGCAAGACCAGGUGGAUGAUGAGGAGCUUUUGCAGCUUGUGGAGCUUGAGGUUCGUGAGCUUCUGUCCUCAUAUGAGUUCCCUGGUGAUGACAUUCCUAUUAUUUCCGGUUCUGCUCUGUUGGCCUUGGAAGCUUUGAUGGCAAAUCCAGCAAUCAAGCGUGGUGAUAAUGAGUGGGUGGAUAAGAUUUAUCAACUUAUGGAUUCUGUGGAUAGUUACAUUCCCAUCCCUCAGCGCCAAACUGAUCUACCCUUCUUACUUGCGGUGGAAGAUGUGUUUUCAAUCACUGGUCGUGGAACGGUGGCCACAGGGCGUGUUGAGAGGGGAACCAUUAAGGUUGGAGAUACGGUUGACCUUGUUGGUAUCAGGGAAACUAGGAACACUACUGUGACUGGUGUGGAAAUGUUCCAGAAGAUUCUCGAUGAGGCCAUGGCUGGGGACAACGUGGGAUUGUUGCUUAGGGGUAUUCAGAAGGUCGAUAUUCAGAGAGGGAUGGUUUUGGCCAAGCCUGGAACCAUCACACCGCACACAAAGUUCAGCGCAAUCGUCUAUGUUUUGAAGAAGGAAGAAGGAGGGAGGCACUCACCUUUCUUUGCCGGGUACAGGCCUCAGUUCUACAUGAGGACCACCGAUGUCACUGGCAAGGUUACUCAAAUCAUGAAUGACAAGGAUGAGGAAUCAAAGAUGGUUAUGCCUGGUGACCGUGUUAAGAUGGUGGUUGAACUUAUCCAGCCCGUGGCUUGUGAACAGGGAAUGAGGUUCGCUAUUAGAGAAGGAGGGAAGACCGUCGGAGCCGGUGUUAUCCAAUCUAUAAUUGAGUAAUUUGGAUGAACUUUCAGUAUGACUCUUAAAUGGUGGACAUGCAAUUAAUUUUUUCCCCCCCCUCAUUUUACACAACUUGUACCGUAUAUCCAAUUUCUUAUAUUUUGUAGGUUUCUAAAUGAUGUUUAGUCAAGCUGGAUAAUAUUUUUCCCAAUGCUUUGCAUUUACUUAA